CCAAAUCAAAACACCGGACCUGCUCGUCGUCGUCGUCGCAAACACACAAACACACUCGCGCGUCUAGCUCUCUCGUGAGCGUUGUGCAGUCCGAGGAGCGAGCUUAAAUUGUUUAAGUGCAUUUAUUUAUCCGUCCAGUGUGCACUAAUCUAUAGUGAGAAGGGGGAACGCUGCGCGCGCGACGGUUCCCGCGACUGAUAAAUCUUUGGCUGAAAAAGCCUACGAAAAAAAAAGAGAAAACCUCGAGCUCGACCACGUACGUACCAGGGCUCGAGACGAGACGACUUCCAUUGUAUCAUGCAGUGGCAAUUGCUCGCGACGAUCCUCUUGGUUGGACUUUGCUUUGUCGCUACGACGGACGAUUCAAAAUGUAUACCACCACUCUUCUUCAAGUGUCCUAAUACGGAGAAGUGCAUUUCUCACGUGUUCGUUUGCGAUGGCGAAGACGACUGCGGCGACAAUUCGGACGAGCUUCGCGAACAAUGCCCCCAGAAACUACCGUCGUUCGCCGACGCGUGCAAGGAGCACGAGUUCCAGUGCUCUGAUCGGUUCCACUGCAUCCCGGAGGACGAGUACUGCGAUGGCAAAAAGGACUGCAUCGACGGCAGCGACGAGGCGGACGACUGCCACGUGAACAAAACCUGCAACGGCUUCCAAUGCAAGAGCGGCGAGUGUAUCCUUCAGAGCUGGGCGUGCGACAGCACGGCAGAUUGUCGUGACGGCUCCGACGAGCUGAAUUGCAGCUUUAAGCAGAACGCUAUCCCGCCAGCCAACUGCAACAACACCAUUGACAAGUACUUGUGCGCCAACCAUAGGUGCAUCGACUUGGCGUUGGCUUGCAACAAUAUCAACAACUGCGGCGAUCAGUCGGACGAGGACCCGGCUGACUGUCAAAGAGCCCAAGAGUCUUGUAAAUCGUCGCCUUGUUCGUCAAAGUGUAGACCUACUCCGAAAGGCUAUCAGUGCGCAUGUGAUACCGGUUACAUUUUGAAAAACCACACCUGUCAAGACAUGGACGAGUGCGACGAGUGGGGACUGUGCGACCAGACGUGCGUCAACAAUUUGGGCUCUUAUUAUUGCCACUGCGAAAUUGGAUACACACUGCAAUCCGAUGGGCAUAGCUGCAAACCUGACAAUGGCGAGGCAUUGAUGAUUUUCGCGACGAAAACCUCGAUACGAGGAUACUAUCUGGAGUCAACGAUCUACUACUCUAUCGCGGAAAAUCUGCAGCACGUCGUCGGCGUUUCGCUCAACGCGAACUACAUUUACUGGUCGGACAUCCAGCUUGGCGAGGAGAGGAUUUUUCGCAGCCUCGACGAUGGCACCAGGCGAGAAGCGAUCGUCACGGCGGGCCUUGGCUGCCCCGAAGACAUCGCCGUCGACUGGAUCACCGGUAACAUCUAUUUCACCGACAGCAUGUACAAGCACAUUGGCGUGUGCAACGACAACGGCAACUACUGUACAGUGUUGAUCAACGAGGACGCCGACAAGCCGCGCGGAAUCGUCGUUAUGCCGUCGAGAGGAAAAAUGUACUGGAGCGAUUGGGGUAACAACCCGCACAUCGCGGUGUCGUUCAUGGAUGGCUCCAAGAGGCAAUUGUUUAUCAAGGACAAAUUAGGUUGGCCGAACGGCUUGACGAUCGAUUACCCAAGUGAGCGUCUCUACUGGGUCGACGCCAAGCUGAAGGUCAUCGAGUCGAUACAUCUCGACGGCGUUAACAGACGAACGGUCUUGCACGACGUGGCGAAGCAUCCCUACUCGAUCGCGAUCUUUGGCAAUCGCUUGUACUGGAGCGACUGGAGCACCAACAGCAUUCACUCCUGCAACAAGUUCACCGGCAAGGAUUUCACGACCCUCGUUCAGAAGAACGAGACUCUCUACGGCAUUCACAUCUACCACUCGACCUUCAGCGUGAAAUACGCCAAUCCGUGCAUCGCCAAGCCGUGCUCGCAGUUAUGUCUCAUGGCCGAGAAUCAGACGUACACGUGCGCCUGUACGAUGGACGAAGAGCUGGGCACGGACCGCCAUACGUGCAGAGACUCGGCUAAGCGGAAACACGUGGCUAUCGCAGCUGGCAGCACUAUCGUCAAUUACUAUCACGAGCUGCUCGGCAGGCCCAGAGUAACCUCCAGCGUCACGGCAGAUCACAUCAGCGCGAUGACUUACGAUUCGCUCAAAAACACGCUCAUCGCCGCCGACGAGAUGGCGCACUCGAUCUUCCGGUACGAUCCCCAGUCGAGCACCGUCAAUCACAUUAUGCCGAUCGUCGACGAAGUUAUCGAGAGCAUUGCCUUCGACUAUUUGGGCAACAACUUGUACAAGAGCAACGCUAUGUACAGAAAGAUCGAGGUGCAGAGUCUCAAUACCGGCGAAAAGACUGAAUUCUCAUAUCCCGAGAGUCCUUACGACAUAGUCGUUAUACCAGAGGACGGGGCGAUGUUCAUGGUGUUCCGCUUGUACGACUCGUUCCACAUCGAUCGCGCUCAGAUGAACGGUUUGGGCUCGCGAAUUCACGUAGUCGAGCAAGGCCUCUUCGGGCCCAAGAUAUCCUUGGCUUACGACAAAGACACUAAGAGAGUGUUCUGGGCCGACGAGGGUACAGGGCGCAUCGAGAGCAUGGAUGCUCAAGGUCAGAAUAGACGGCUGUUCCGCACCGGUAUCGCUUCACCCGUCAGCAUAGCCGUGCUCGACACCGACAUCUUUUGGACGUCUCGGCGGUCCGCCCGUCUCAGCUGGACCGACAAAAAGCAAGUCGCGCCGGGCGUCAAAGGACUCAACCUCACCGACAUUAGCCAGCGCGUGGAUGUGUCGCUUCUCCAGUCGAUCGACGGCCCGUACACGGGACCACAGCAUCCCUGCAGUCGGAGCAACGGCGAUUGCUCGCACGUCUGCCUCGUGAGCGACCUCAAGAACAGGCUGUGCGCGUGCCCGUCGAGCUUCAUCGUCAACUCCGACAUGAAAACGUGCAAGCCGAAGACCUCGUGCUCCGCCAGCGAGACCAAGUGCGCGAACAGCAACAAAUGCAUCUCGAACGUGCAGAAGUGCAACGGCGUGAGCGACUGUCCCGACGGCGACGACGAGGAGAAUUGCCCGACUCUGGACGCCUCGUGCAAAGCCGACGAGUUCGCUUGCCACAACGGCCAGUGCAUCAAGAAAAUCGAGAGGUGCGACUCGGUCUUCCAGUGCGCCGAUCACUCGGACGAGGAGAACUGCCGCAACAGUUGCACCAGCGAGCAGUACCGGUGUCGCGAUGGUACGUGCAUCUCCUCGAGCCUCGUGUGCGACGGCCAGAACGAUUGCGAUGACUUCUCCGACGAGGAGGACUGCGCCGAUCACCCUUGCGACGAUCACAGCUUCAAGUGCGCCAAUGGCUACUGUAUCCCUCGUAAUUGGGAGUGCGACGGACAGCCGGAUUGCAGCGACAGCUCGGACGAGCACGAGACGUGCAGGCCGGUGGACUGCGCGAACGGCAUGUUCAGCUGUCGGAACGGUCGCUGCAUCGACGUGCUGCUCAAGUGCAACGGCAUGGACAAUUGCGAGGACAACUCGGACGAGGAGGACUGCGCGGUCGAGGCGCUUAUCUGCUCUCGCGACCAGUACCGAUGCAAGGGCAGCACCAAGUGCAUUCACUCGAACCUCAAGUGCGACGGCAAAGACGACUGUCCGAUGAGCGACGACGAGCAAGCCUGCGGGCGCUGUCUGGACUCGCAGUUCAGCUGCUCGAACGGCCGCUGCUUACCGCGCGAGUGGACGUGCGAUCAGGUCGACGACUGCGGCGACAAUUCGGACGAGGAGGACUGCGACCACCAGCACCACGAGCACGAAGAGAGCCAUCCCGCGGCCAACUGCAGCAGGGAGCAGUUCGCCUGCAAGACCGGUCGAUGCAUAUCGCUGGACAACGCUUGCGACGGCGAGCCGAACUGCGCGGACGGCAGCGACGAGGGUGGCUCUUGCGAUAGCGCGUGCUUGUCGAGCGGCGACUGCGAGAACGUCUGCCACAAGACGCCCAACGGAUCCGUAUGCAGCUGUCGCCAUGGCUACGCCCUCGCCGCCGACGAGCGAAGCUGCGCCGACAUCGACGAGUGCACCCUCGGCGAUUGCUCGCAACAUUGCACCAAUCGACCUGGUUCUUUUGCCUGCUCGUGCUUCGAAGGUUAUCAGUUGAGGCUGAACAAGCUAUCUUGCAAGGCCACUGGUCCUGCGAUGAAGAUAGUGGCGGCGACAAGAGACGACAUUCGCAUUUUGAUGCCUCAAUUGCAGCGCAGCUCCGUGAAAGUGCUGUUCCGCAAUCCCGAAGUCGAGAUCAAUGGGCUGGAUACCAACGCCAGAGACGAGACUGUCUACUGGAGCAACGAGGCGCUCGGAGUCAUCAACAAGCUCGACAUGAAUAAGAAUAAAACUCGCAUAGCCGCGUUAGAUACCUUAGGAAGACCUCAGGUAUUGAUUGUCGACUGGAUUACCGACAAUGUCUACGUGUUCGACGCGAAAUUGCCAGCGUCGAUCAAGGCCUGCCACGUACAGACGAACAAGUGCUCGAUGAUGGUUGAGUUCGACCAGUCGAGCAGCAGCGUAACGGCAAUGGGGAUCGAGCCAAUCCUCGAGAUUCUAUUUUUCGCUCAAACCAGGUGGCAAAUGUCCAACGCUCCUACCGCCGAGAUUAUCCGUUCGGAUUUGAUUGGCAGCAAUCAAAAGACUGUCGUUGACAAGUCUCUUGGCAUUGUCAGCGGUAUUGCCAUUGACCAUCAUCGAGCUCUCAUUUAUUGGGCCGAUCAUUACAACGCGAUGAUCGAGUGCAGUGAUUUUGAUGGGCAGUAUCGCAAGGUCAUCACUAAGAAUCUUCUGAGUAAACCCGUGGGUUUGUUCUUGUUCGAGGACACCCUGUAUUGGAAAUCGGAAGACAGCCAAGUACUUAACAAACGCCUGCUGUAUAAUAAGAUGAACUAUAGCACCAUAGCCAUUGUCAGCAACAGCAUCAAUCGGCUGUUCGUCAUCUCGCAAAUAUCCAGGCAACCGACGUCGCUGAACCUCUGCGCAAAUCACAGCUGCAACCACCUCUGCGUGAUCCACAAAGGGCGACCGCUUUGCCUCUGUCGCGACGGCAUGCUGGCGAGGUUGAAGAACAACACGGCCUGCCAGGACGAAAUGAUCGAACUCGACUAUGGACAUCCAACUGAUAAUCACGGCGACAGCUCAUCGCCGAUUGUCGCUGCCAAGUCCACCGACGACGAUAGUAGCAGCGACGGCAAUGUCUGGAUCGGAUUGACUUGCGGACUGCUGUCUUUCGUUGCGCUCUCGGCAACUUACUAUUACGUGAAGACUAAGAGACCGGAUUUGAUGCGCAGGCCGAAUUUGAAGAAUCCCUUCGACGGCAUAAGGUUUAUCAAACGACGAAGCGACAACGCCGCGUCGACCACAUCCAACAACACGCUGACCCUUAUGCCCGGAAAGCACGAGUAUGCCAACCCCAUCUCGGAUAUGUCGAAUGCUUGGAUGAACGGAGCAGAAGUUGCCCAUAAGAAUAAUCAACAUCAGCAUGUUGAUUCGGAUGAAGUUUCCGGUAGCGAGAUGGACGAGGUCACAACUACGAAUAUCCGAUCGCGUCUGAUCGAGUGAUAAAACAAAAGACUUCCGCAACUGGAAAGCUCGUAAACUUGUCUGCAUUAACGUCAAUGAAAGUGCCGUAAUCGUCCAACAUUUCUGGUUAACGAGGUUUCUUUCACGAAAAUGUACGUAUUUAGCGUGAUUGUUGUUUUCCGACCGUGAAAAAUUCAUUUGCCAAGAGACGUAUUCUUACUCGUAAAUGUGUAUGUAUUCAAGAGUAUAGAAUUUGAUAUAUAUAUUAUAGAAAAAUUCGGAUUUUAUCGAUGAAUUAUCUUUAAUGGUAUAUGAAUAGUAUUGUUUUACAUGAGAUAUUAAUCAUGUAAUGGCCGUCUAAAAUGUUAAAUUAUCGCGUCAAUUUAUGAGGCCCACAUUAAAACGAUGUUAUAAUUGUAAGUAAUAUUUUUAAUCUUGUCGUUUUGAUGUCAUAUACAGUUGUUAGGAUAGUCUAAUUAAUUUUUAUCGAUUUUUAAGAUAAAAUAUAAUAUCAUUGCGAAAUGUAUAAUGUAAACCUAAGUGAAUUGUAAAUGUCUGAAAAAAUGCGCAUAAGAAUGUAGAUUACUAAAUGUGAUAUUGUAAGCCUUAAGUGCGCAUGUGCUAUUUUAAAAAGUCAAAAUAGCAAACGAGUUUAUAAAGUAAAAUGUCAAUUUUUGUGAAACUACGCAUUAUUAGGGUAAUUAUGUAUGUAAGUUUGAAUGUUAAGAGAACUCGUUGUAUUGUGAGUAAAUGAAAUUUUGUAAAAGUUUUUAUGCAAAUAUACAGUUUGAGAA